AUGAUCCGCUUGGGCUUGGCCUUGGGCAGCUGCUUGGGCGCACUGUCGCGGGUAGGAGUGCUCAUCGAUGCCUGCUCCGGUGUGAGAUGGACAGCAAUUGACAAAACUGCUGCUUCCAAGACACUGCAGGAGAACGCCGUGCUGGCAAGGCAGCUGGAACGCUUGGGUAGCAACCAAUGCCGCUGCAGCAAUGGUCUAGUCCAAUGCUUUGGAGGGGAUCGAUGCCUAGCUGCUGAUGGCAACACCUCCAGCGUGAUGAGUGAAUUUAUAGCUUCAGGCCCAUUUGAGUGCCGGCAAUGCCCUGAAGUCAAUGGGCAGCCGAUGGCACCGACGCAGGACAAGAGCCGAUGCCUGCCAUGUUUGGUGGAUGAGAACGACCCGGAGACUACCUCCGGCUACUCAACCACUUGGGGCGAUUGUGUGUGCCCUGAGGGCAGCGCGUUGCUGGAAAGGCGCAGUGAUGGAGCUUACUUGGCGGCCAAGAAGUGUGUGCGCUGUGCCAGUGGCCUUCUUUUCAGCUCUUCCUCUGAGCCCUUGCCCAGCUAUGGCUGUACGCCAUGCCCAGAUACCGAGCGCAUGUACCGACAGGCCUCGACCGGGAAGUGCAUUUGCCGACAGGCAACCACCAAUGAGGCAGGCUUUGUUGAGGCGGGUGGCGCUUGCGUUUCCUCUGCGGAGUUCAAUGAGGUGAACAACCGCUUCCCGGAGUCAGCGGCAGUGUAUGUGCAAUAUCGGGACAUCAUUGAUGGGCGCGAGGCCUGGUGGAAAGCUGGCCCUUUUGGGCAGUUUUUGGGAAUUGAGGCGCGAACCGCCAGUACGUUUGAGGUUCUGAAAUUGGAUGCUGCUGGCGCACAGGAUGUCAGUGUGACUAGUGCUGCCAUGAAGUGGCUGUACAUGCGCUGCAGUGUCGGCUGCCUGAGAGGAAAUGCCACAGCAUGUCAAUGCGUGUCCAACCUGUGUGUUUUGCAACUAUAUGACUAUGAGGCCACAGUUUGCGCAUUUGUCCAAGAUCUCUAUCAAGGCAAGGCGCGCGUGCCUGGCAGCACUGCAGUGGAGGGGAUGCCUUGGUUGUACUACUCACCUCAACGCCCAGUUCAAACUUUGCAAAAUCCUGUCCUGAACUGGCGGCUGAACUUUGCAGAUGUACUGGUUUUCUGGCUGGCCUCAUAUUCCCUUGAAGGCGCUUGGCUGGGCUGGCAACGCCUGGAAUCGCAGCUAGACCCCUGUUCGAAAGGUGGCACGUCUUCAAAGCCUCGAAGCUUGCCAUCUGCUUGGCGGCGUUUUGGAAGUUCAUUGCGCUCUGAGUGCAACAUCUUAGCCAGCAGCAUACUUGAGUGCGGCCUACGUCCUGUUUUCUAUGACCUUUUUGUCGAAAACACCGAUGGCAGUUUGGUUCCGGUACCAGUCCGAAUCCUGAACAUCGUCACGCAGACUGGUGGACGCCCGAACCUGAACCUGGCUGACACGGAGGCCAACGAUGAUGUCCUGGUCCGCCGCUUCAUGUUGUGUGACGGCAUUUCUGGCCGGGAGAGUGGCCCUGGAGGCCCUGGUGAGGCUUACUUGGACGGCACUGGCUACCUGCGAGUACUUCGUUGGGCAGCCCACCUCGCAGUGCAGGUCCGGGUGAGGCCAGAAGGACAAGGCCAAAUAUAUGUACCUGUCCUCAACGUCGCUUAUGCUGAGAAGAGAGCGGACAACCUUCAGGAAGGCACCAGUUUACCAGGAAGCUUUGCAGCCGAGUACUCCAUGGAUGCGUCUGGUUAUUGGACAGCGGUGAUUGUCUUCUUUGUGCUGCUGCUUCUCUUCAUGUUGGCCCUAAUGAUCACCAGACUUUGCCUGUUGGGGUCCAGGUAUCCCAAUGUCUUGGUGCACCCAGAUCCCCACUUGUUUGCACCGCGGAUGGUGCUACAACUCUUGCUUGUUUUCUCCACUUGCUGCUCUACACUCUUCUGGUUUCACUACGCCAUGACUCUGUUUUGGCUUAUCAUGUUCAAAAGCCAGAAUGUGCCACUCUUGCUACUGCCUACAGCCUUGGGGGUGGGACAAUAUGAAGCUCAUGAUGUCAUGCUGGUCAUGGUCUUUUCCUUGGCAAUCUUGACCGUGAGCAUGGGUCUUUGGAAGCAACUGCGCAUCUUCUUCUUCCUCGUUGAUUGGGAGAAGCCCCGUGAUGUGAAAUCUCCAGAACUGCCACCUCUGCUUGGUCCCAAUCCACCACCACCAGGGCCAGGUCAACCAGGUCCACCAACCUUGGUGGGAUCACCUCUUUUGGGCUAUGGUGGCACUCAGCUCCCCCAAGCUCCACAAGCCCCUCCACAGGCUCCAGGCUUCGUGGAAUCGGUCCCAGUGCCGGACUCGGGGAUCUCGGCCUGGCGGAGUUUGUUCGUGUGCAACGAGCUCAAUGAAAGGCUCACCGCGACCCGAGCGGUGCCAGAGAUCACUUGGCUUGCCAUCCUGGCCUUGUUGGAUGGAUGUCAAUGGUCCAAUGCAGCCAGGUGGACAACACAUGCCGAUGGCCAAUCGGCGAUGGCGGCCGAGUUUAAUCCCUUUCUGCAAUUCUCACUGGGGAUCAGUGUUUGGAUUUUUGUGCUGGUGUUGCAGUUUCUGUUGCAGCGCAUUGGGUGCAUUUUUCUGGGGCACGAUUUGAAUGACUUCAUGGAUGUGUGUUCCAUUGCAAAUAUAUCCGUAUUUAUUUUGGAUGAGCCUUUUCAUGGAUACUACAUCCAUGGCAAGGCACCUAGUAGCCGUGGAGACUGGGGCCACACCGAGCUUGAGCGGGUGCUGCAUGACGAGGAUAAAGGAAUUGGCUUCAGUAGGGGCUUGAGCCCAGAUGGAUGUCAGACCUUUGAGAUGUUCCUUCCUCCAGAUACAGCUGUCCAGCUGGCCAAUGGUGAUGUGGCACACUUCCGCCAGCAGCUUGGUCAAGUCUUCAUGGAUGUACAAAUGACACAGGACACCAUCGCCCGGCGCGAUCCACCAAAGCCCAUCAGCCAAGAUGUGGCGCAGAUGUCACAGCACAGGUGCAAUGUCCAGGCCUUGGUGGAUGCAAUGGUGAACGCCGUGAUGAGAGGCGCCAACGAAGUGCUGCAGAUGCGGAGCUCCUUCAGCUGGUUUUGGGGUACUGCGCCCAACGUGCUCACCUUGCAGCACCCGAUCUUCUACAAGGAUCAAGAUGGCAUCUCUUUCCCCAAUGGGCUUGGAUGGUCCUCUUCCUUGGCUUACGGGGCCGAGUUGCGCAUUGCUGGCAUUGGUAUUCCACUUGGCUUUGAAUGGCACUUGGGACUUUUGGAGCUCAUGACCUUCUCGCUCAUGUGGCGCUUUCAAGGCUCAAUUGGCUUGGCCUGUGCCUUAGCCUACUUGGUGAAUCGCUCCGUACUCUAUGUCUAUGGUGCUUGGGGAAAGGCACGCUUGGCACAUACGGCCAUCAUCAACGGCAUGCGGAUGUUUGAGGUGGAACUGCAAAAGAUGCAGGAGAAGAUGGACAACAUGCGGCAGGAUAUGGGAAAGUUGCAGACGAGCCCGCCGGAAGUCAUUGUCUCGCCCCGUGACGAAGGACCUUCCGUCGACCUCAGUGGUUUGGAAAAGCACAUGGAGAAGAGCAUGAUGACCUUGAGGAACGACCUGGAUGAUAGGAUGUCGAAGAUGUUCGAUGAGAACCGGCAGCAACUGAAUGAGCUGGCGAAGGCUGCAGCCUCCAAGCCACCAGAGAAGGACAGCGACGAUGCCCGGGAGUUUGCCGGAGCAGUGGAAAGGCAAAUCCAGCAAUUGCGGCAGCAAUUGAGUGAUGUUCAAAAGCAGCUGGCCGAAGAGGUUAAAGCAGUGGUGGCCACUUCCAAAGAGACACCUGACAAGCCAGUUGCAGAACAGGCUCCUGUGGCUCCAACUCCAGCACCGCAGCCGCAGCCUGCGCAGCCGGCCGUGCCGGUGACACCUGAAGCGCCACCUGUCCAGACGGAGCCCCUGGCGCCGAAGGAGCCCAAAGCACCACCGAAGGCGCCAGUGCAGGUGGAAGACGCAGAAGAAGAGACUCCACCUCCGCGAUUUCAACCGCCGCAGCCCAUUGAGAUUGAUGAGGAACCUCAGGUGCCCGCAGAGCUUGGCUUUGAUUGGUCCAAAGUGCCUGGCCCCGCAUCUCCCAGCUUCCAGAAAGCCUGGAAAGAGGGCAUUGCCAAGUGCAGCACCGACACCGAGAAACUGCUGUUCAUGAUCUCCAUGACGGGUGAGCGGACGCGCCCACGCAAGCCCAAAGAUGGCCUGCGGGAGUUGGAUGUGACCUGGGGCGGCCAGUUGUCGCCCAAGGAUGCCAAACGAGCCCAGGAGCCACGCUUGCCUGAGCCGAAGGAGGAAGCGAAGGACGUGAAAGUGGAGCAGCCAGUGCCAAAAGCAAAUGACCCAAAGAAGCCGGCAGAGAAGCGUGAAACCAUCCUCACUAGGCGUGCUUUUGCCAGUGGCUUCACUGGCUUUCUGCAGCGAUGUCGACCAGACUUGUUGGAAGCUCCCGAGAGUGUGGGCCAAGUCAGUCAACCCAAAUCACUCAGCGCUUUGGUCGAGGCAGCCACAGCAUCGCAAGCCCUUUCAACUCUUUCACCACCACUCCCUCCACCUCAGGGGCCGCCACAGUCGGGGCCAGCUGCCUCCAGUGUGGCAUUUGCACCAGAGGCCAAGAAGCUUCUAGAGCCAAAGGCGAUGCCACCUGACCCUGUGACGCAAGUGCUGCAACCAAAGACGUUUGCAGCGACAUCUCUACCUCUUGGGGCGAUCCCACCGAAGGCCACGCCAGCACCUGCGGUGCCUGCGGUUUCUGCGGUGCCGCCCGCCAAGCCGCCCAUGGCUUCACCUCCGCCGGCGACACCGCCCGCAACCCCCUUGACUCCGGCGGCACCCGCUUCGCCACCGGCCCCGCUCAAAGCAGCGGCUUUGGCCAAGAGUCCCGAGUUAGCUUCACCAUUGAGCACGCCUCAAUCCUUGAGUCCCACACCACUGCCCUCACUGAGCUCGACUCCUUUGAAGAUGGCACCACCAGCGCCCCCGCCUGCGCCCAGUGUGCCGCCGCCAAAGGCACCAAAGGCACCACUUGGCGCACCACCAGGGGCACCGCCUGGUGUGCCUGGCGCGCCGGUAAUGCCACCGACACCAGAGAAGCUCGAGAGGCCUGUAGCCAAGCCAUUGGAGCCAGUGCCAGAGGCUAGAGAAGACCGCACAGAGUCCUUGGAGACCAUCCAGCGGAUCAGCUCCCUGAAGUCCAGUGAGGACAUGCGACCGUUUGCUGCACCUCCAGCGCCAAAGGUUGGUCUACCUGUCGGACCACCUGGCGGACCUGCCCCUGGGCCACCGAAACCUGCCGUCGAGAAGCCGACAGUGCCGCUUGGAGGUCCAGGCAGCAGCUCGAAGGAGUCAGCUGGACCCUCGCAGUCACCUCGUGAGGCACCUGGAGACGUAUCCGUGAAGAGCAUGUCAGAUGCUACGCCAGCGAAUGCAACGGGAGGAUGGCUGCAAGGCGGAGCUGGAGCCACAGGACCUGCUUCGUUGAACAAUACAGCUCAGAGCUCCAUCAAGCCAUUUUCGCCCAUGAGCGAGUCCUCUGAUCAGAGCUUCGGCUUGGACAACACUUGGAAAGGUCCAGGCCGGGAUGGCAAUGCUGAGCCAAGUGCAGAUAUGGCUGUGGAGGAAUUUGAUUGA